AUGGUUGAUCUCAUAGAUCACGGAUGUGUGGAUGUUUGGGAGCCCAAAGUCCUUAGGACAGCCAUGGGCGCUCAUUUCUGUCUCCCCAUAAUCCCAAGCCUUACAUGGAGUGAUAUUCCAAGUCACCUGCCCAAAACAGCAACCAUUCACGUAGCUGACAACUGCAGCACCACCAUGACUGAAGAUGACACUACCAUACUCCCUCAAGAACAGGAUUGUAGUAGCAAAUCCCUCGAGACGCAGUAUUAUUACAUUGACUGGGUUGCUAAGCACACAGGCCUCAUAAUUGGUGGAGAAACACACGGUCUGAGUCGGGAGGCUUUGUGAUUGGCUGAGAGGACUGGAGGAGGAGAACGGAGGUUACUGAUCCCCAUGGUACAUGGUGUGGACAGCCUGAACUCUGCCAUGGCUGCAAGUAUUUUGCUUUUUGAAGGAAGCAAGCAGCUGCUGUCACUGGCUGAGAAGAUGAGACGUUGA